GAAGACAAAUCCAAGACUUUGUUCAGUAUUCCCUUUUGUCUGAGGAGCACAUAUUCUUGUUGAACUUCUCUUGGUUCCUCAGACAUCCCUAAAGGGAAAAAAGAAAAAAAAACACAAGCAAAUAAAGGAAGGGGAGAAUCAAGCAUGUCAUUUACAGGAACUCUUGACAAAUGCAAUGCAUGUGACAAGACUGUUUAUGUGGUUGACUUGUUAACUCUUGAAGGUAUUCCUUACCACAAAAACUGCUUCAAAUGUAGCCACUGCAAGGGACAUCUCACGAUGUGCACAUACUCCUCAAUGGAUGGAGUUCUCUAUUGCAAGACUCAUUUUGAACAGCUUUUCAAGGAAUCUGGCAAUUUCAACAAGAACUUUGCAAAGUCUACUGAGAGGCAAAGCGACCUGAAUAGAGCACCAAGCAAGGUAUCUUCCAUGUUCAGUGGCACCCUGGACAAAUGUUCAGUCUGCUCAAAAACAGUCUAUCCAUUGGAAAAGAUGACACUGGAAGGAGAAUGCUUCCACAAGACUUGUUUUAGGUGUGAACAUGCAGGGUGCCCUCUCACACAUUCAAACUAUGCUGCUCUAGAUGGUGUCCUCUACUGCAGGGUCCACUUUGCACAACUUUUCAUGGAGAAAGGGAACUACAGCCAUGUGCUCCAAGCUGCUGCACACAAGAGGACUGGUUCCUCCACACCUCCUGAGCCACUAUUUAUUGAGGAGCCAUCACAUGCACCAGAAGAAUCUGAGGACCAAACACAAGAAGAAGAAACCUCUUGAAUGAAACAUGUAUUUGUUUCAGUUAAUUAAUUCCUCCCCCCUCUUUCAGAGCAAGGUCAUUGGUUUAUGUAGCACUCUCAAGACACUAUUUGUCACAAGAUAUUUUUGAGUUUCAUUGUAACUUGAGAGGUUUGUCUGUUGAUGUAUUGAAAUGUUUCUAGCAAAACAUUUGAGCCAUGUGUUCUUUUGUGUC